AUGGUUUCUACGCUUUUCGUUCUGGGCAUCGCCCUCAUCCCAGCCGUCGCUGCUGCUCCUCCUCCUUCUCCUCCUGUCAGUGCUGUCAAAGCUCCUGGAGAAAAUAUCGUGGGCGGCACUCCUGCCCGGGCCGGGGAGUUUCCGUACAUCGUCUCGCUCUCGCGCCGGGGCAGGGGACACUUCUGCGGCGGGUCUCUCCUUAACGAGGACACCGUCGUCACUGCCGCUCACUGUGUUGUGGAGGCCGACCCCGGCAGCACCCUCGUCCGCGCGGGUUCCCUCAGGGCCUCCGGCGGCGGUGUCCAGGUCGGCGCUGCGUCGUUCAUCGUCCACCCAGGCUACAGGGGCUCGCCCGAGGGAGGAUCGGACAUUGCCAUCAUUAAGCUCGCGCAGCCGAUCCGCGCCAGCGGCAAUAUCGGAUACGCGAGCCUCCCCUCCGCGGGCUCCGACCUCCGUGGCGGUACGCUCGUCGAGGUCGCUGGAUGGGGCGCCACGACAAGACAAGGCACCAUGCCAAGUGACGUCCUUCUCAAGGUCGAGGUUCCCGCCGUUGAACGCACCAGCUGCAAUCGGGCAUGGAAUGGGAGAGUCGACCGCACCAUGGUCUGCGCUGGUGAGGUUCAGGGCGGCGAGGACUCGUGCUACGGCGACUCGGGCGGCCCUCUGGUGGAUGCCCGCAGCCGUGUGCUGGUCGGCACAGUCUCUUUUGGCAAGCCAUGCGCCCAGCCCAACUCGCCCACCAUCUACGCCAAUGUGGGUGCCCUGCUGGGCUUUGUCACGGGCAACAUGUAA